UUGUUUACGUAUAGAUUAUCCUAGAUACAGUAAUUUUUUUCGAAGUGGCGAAACACAAACAUUCACAAACUGGAUACGUAACAUGCUAUCCAGUCCCCAAAUAUCGACACCGUUUUCAGUCAAAGAUAUUUUGAAUCUCGAAAGACAACGACAGGAGGCAUCUUUUUUAUCGGAAGAAAUUUCACAAGACUCUGAGAUCAUUUCACAGUCGUUGAACUCUGUAACGACAUCGCCUCAAAUCGAGAGGACUCCAGAAUUUCAAGGGAACAAAAACGAACUUAGGUACGGUAUCGAUUCAUCGGAAUCCCUGAUCUCGAAUAUUUGUCACAAUAUGGCGACCGACGGGUUUUCAAAAGCGGCGAACGGACAUGCUUUUUCAUAUAUGCCGGACAUGCCCCCACAUGGAUACAACACAAGUUCAAUAACAGCACACAGCGUCGACAAAACUACAACCAAUUUCGGAAAUUUUCAAUCAACUAUGAAUCGGGACGAUCCGCAAUCUGGUUCUCCGAUAAAUAUUGUUCCGUAUUACAAUGGCAAUAAGUCUAGUUCGCCAUACGGGCAAGGUUUUGCACCUACUUCAACUGAAGAUAUUAAAGAAUCUGUGCAAAGAGUAGACAGAGUUAGUCCCGAUUCCGUAAACCAAUUUCCAUAUGAGGCGAUGUCAUCCCACACAAAAAUAACGUCGCUAAAAUCUAAUGAUUGCGUCGGUAACGAAUUUCCAUCAUCAACAUCUCCUCGCAUUGCGACCACAGGUUACCACCAUAGCGAUUUGGGCUAUUCAACAACGUACCAGUCGUCGUCAUCAAGUCAACCCCACGUUGCACCAUAUCCAUUUGGCUACUCACACCAACCGUAUUCAAGCUCUCAAGAAGCGACACAGCAACAGAACAUCGAAAUGAAUGUAAGCCAGCCUCAGUACACAAGCCUGUCCUACACACCACGCCACCAACUGGGUGUCCCAAGCGAAUCUUCCCCUCAUUCAGCUCAUUACUACAGCCAAGGACACACAGCAUCAGAUGAUGGAAGCGACGAUGUGAUUGAUCCCACUGGCCCGGCAGAAUUGGUUGGUUCUGUACUUUCAAAAACACCAUUUUCAUCUGGAGGAGCAGUUUUCCAAUCAAGCAACGAGUUAACUCAUGCAAGCGAAAGAGUUCAUGACCUCGAUGACCAAUUUAACAGAGAUACAAACACAAGAUCCACAGAAUCAGAUGCAGCGCAAGACGACAUAAGCAGCCACAUGGGAGAAUCAGAAAAGUCGGACAACAUCAGCAAUUGUAGUGGAAGUCCAGAAGAUGACGACAAAAAGCGGCAAGACGAUGACCAGUCUAAAAAUCGUCAACGAACAAGACGUAAGCCAAGAGUAUUAUUCUCCCAAGCUCAAGUGUUUGAGUUAGAACGAAGAUUCAAACAACAGCGAUAUUUGUCAGCACCAGAAAGAGAACACCUGGCGCAAAUAUUGAAACUUACUUCAACACAAGUAAAAAUAUGGUUUCAAAACCGUCGGUAUAAAUGCAAGCGACAGCGUCAGGAUAAAACUCUCGAACUAGCAAGCGCGUGCCCGCCAAGAAGAGUCGCCGUUCCUGUUCUUGUACGAGAUGGCAAACCAUGUCUAGGUAGCCCAACGGGAAUGGGUGGUGGCCAUCCUUCUUUUCAAGCUCCGUACUCUGCCCCGUAUAAUGUAACAGUUUCGCCGUAUCAUAGCUACCCAAGUUCAUACAGUUCAUGUGGAUACAAUACGUACCAUCACCCCCAUAAUCCGAAUGGCUAUUCUACUAACGCCGCGGCGGCAGCUGCCGCAGCUGCAUAUGGAUCUGCGGCCGCGGUAUCCGCAGGAUAUAACGGUCUUUCAGCCGGGGCAGCAAUGGGAUCAGGAAUGGGUACCGUAGGCGGUAUGGCCAAUCCAGCUCUUCAUCAUCAAAGCACAGUCGGAGCGGCGCCAUUUUCAACAAUGCAGGGACAAAUGCAACAACAAACUGGCAUUAGAAAUCACUCAGCAAGCGAUUAUAUGUAUAAGUUGGGACUUUGCACCUAAUAAAAUUAUAGCGAAGUACAAUGUCGUAUAAUGCAAUAUGCAGCAUGAAUUAUAUUUGUUGUACGCCAUGAUGUGAUCCCUCCAUGACCUACAUAGUUUUUCAAGAUCACGCUGUAUCAUGACGUGUGACUUUAUGAUACAUUUGCGAAACUUUGUUGAAAUGCAAGCAAACUUGCAGAACGGAUUUUUUACAUUAACAAUAUUUAAUGCAGUAUAUAUAUCAGAUAUGAUUCAAAAGGGUAUUGAUUUCUAUAAAACGUUAUUAGUGGAGAUUAAGUAAAAACUCCGGAAAAAAUUAAAUGUUCUGUAACUGAAAGAAGCGUAACGAGUAAAAUUUAGCACAAUCUGUACUUUUUCUGAAACUGCUAAUAUUAUUGCAUUCGAGAAGAGUCAAAAAUACUUUGAAUGAGAAAAAUUAGUUGCAAAUAAAUAAACUUCUUCAAAUUGCGCCUUUUUUGCUUCUGAAGACAAGCUUCAUUUCUAAACAAUCUACGUAUUUGAUCAGAUUUUUUUUGGUGAACCUAGCUAGCCUACAUAUUCGAAUUUAAUGCGUGUUUUGUGUUUAUAGGCAUUAUUCACUUACAAGCUAUUACAUGGAUAUUUUAUAAAUUUUCUUAUGUUGCUAGAUUUUGACCACGCAAAUGAGAAAUAUAUUCAUAAAACAUACUCCAAUAAAAUUAGAAAUAUCUCUCACGACACGCGGCUGUGAAUUGCAAUUUUUACAAAAUAAAUCCUGCUGAUAUAAUAAUGCUACAGCAUAGUGCAAUUACGUACUUUUAAUACGAUUGUUUCGUUGUUUGAUUUUUCGUUUUAUUUUAUUCAUUCUUUGUUCUCUUUUUAUAAAUAAUAUUGAUUGCCUUUGCCACGAGUUGGUCAACAUUGCACUAACAACACGACGAGCAUGCAUGUCAAAAUGCGCGAAUAUAAAUUGCUUCCAAUUUCAUAUUUCUUUUAUUCUUGAAAUAUCGUUGAAUCUACGCACACCACCGGUAAAUGAUAUAUUUGAAUACAUUAAAACAUCUAAAUUAAAACAUCUUUUGAAAAGCAGUAAAUUCUCGAUGAUAAAGUUUUUAAAAUAUCGUUUUUUUUCGUAAAAUACCAGCGUUUCGCAAUUUCCUUUUUGGUUCAUAAAUUUCGACAAUUCAUUCAUUGUUUUAUUUUAUGAAAAUUUCAUUUCUAUCACUAGAAAAGUAUCGUUACCUUAUGAGAAAAUCACACCCUCUAAUGAAACUGCUCAACAAUUACUUUUAUUAUGUUUAAUUUUUUUUUUCAAAGGUCAAGUUAUCGUCAUCCGUUACAUAAAAAAUUCAUACCUAAAAAAUCAAGUUACCGAAUAAAAACCUGCCCAAAGUUAAACCACACUACAAAAUUGUCAACGAAACUUUUCAUUUUUUGUUUGUAUUACUACCGCAUAUUAGUUUUCUUUAGUCGAAGGUCAAUUCCAUGAAUAUGUAAAUUUAGCACAUCGAAAACAAUUAGUUUGGUCACAAAUUUGAAAAAAAAAUUGAAAACAAAAGCUUGUUUAUUUGGGAUUUUUAUUGUGUUUGGAAGUUGAAUAAAUAACUAAAUUUCGAUCAAUAUAACGUGCCUUCUAUUUGUAACGUCAUCUUCGUAUUCAUGACAUAACUAGGCGAUAUGUACCGUUUUUAAUUAUUUUGUCAUUACUUAUAUUUUUAUCGACAUGACAUUUAAUAAAUUGUCGUCAGAUA